UUUGAAACUAAUGUUCGCCAUCGUCGGGAGCGUAUGUGAAGAUUUAUCGAGCUGCUCACUCGGUUAAAUAAUCUCGGCUGACUUCCCCGUCGAGAAAAACAUUGAGCAACGUUUUUUUUCCCCCCCCCAAUCGAAUUUGUUGUUUCGGGAGAUAAAUAAAUAUUUGUGUUCGUUUUAAUAUCACGGAAGCAUAUACACAUGAUAUUCUAACAGGAAAUGAAGAACCGUUUAUCCGGAGCCAGGCUCGUUUAUUGUUUUUUCUUCUGGCUUUUUUUCUUUAGGCAAAACACGGGAGAUGAGAUUAUAUCGGGCGAGUCUUUACUCGCUGUUAAAGAGAGUAUCAAAUUUCUGAAACGGAACGCAAGAGCGGAAGGUCUCUUUCGACGGACCGGGAGACUAAAUAUGAGGCGACGAAUGUUGAACGCUUUGAAGAAGGGUCGAGUUGAAAAUUUUCAGCACGCUCACCGUAGCGAUGCGCUCGAAUGUGCAGCUGCCCUUCAACUAUUUAUCAUUCGUCUGAAAAAGCCUGUUGUCCCCUUCAACGUUCAACGGCUCAUGUUAGCCGAGAAUCCCGGAAUUGCAGCGCAAGAUAUUGCGCGUGAUGCGCUUGGCCUGAUAAGGCAAGACGUUGGAGGCCGUCACGGCGAGCUGUUGGCCGACAUUCUAGAGCUUUUGAGUUUCCUCGCGCGUUCAGCACCGCCUUCCGAAUGCUCCGAGCUGCAAGGCUCUCCCUUGCCGAUCGUUUUACUUCCGGUUUUCUUCCGCAUGACGGCCAAAGAUUUGAUAACGUGGCAACGAAUCGCCUCGCGAUUCAAAGAACUGAUCACCGGAGCUCCGGAGACUUUGACAAGAAAUUCACGUCCAGUCGAGAACGAGAAUGGAAAGUUGAUGUCAAAUUUAUUACUCGUUCAAUGUGCAAUAGUUUAA